AUGAAUAAAUUUAGCAGAGAAGAAUUUUUAUUCUUAGCUAGAAUAGCACAAUAAACAGAGAGAUUUAAUGAUAUGAUUGAAUUCAUUAAACAUUUCUUGGAUUAGGAAUUAAAUAAAGAAGAAAGAAGCAUAUUAUCAGCAGCAUAUAAAAAUGUGGUAUCGAUCUAAUUGAAUAUUCAAAUUUAUAGGUAGGUAAUAAGAGAGCAGAAUUAAGAGUACUUACUGCCAUAGAAUAAAAAGAAUCUAGAAAACAAACAGACCAAUACACUUUAAAUUAUAUUAGAAAUUACAAACAUAAAAUUGAAGGAGAACUCAAAAAUUCAUGUUCUGAAAUACUGAAUCUGAUUGAUAGCACUUUAUAUCCAAAUGCAAAAUAAGUUGAUAGCAAAGUGUUUUAUUUAAAAAUGAAAGGAGAUUAUAAUAGAUAUUUAGCAGAAUUUUUAUUAGAUAAUGAAUAUCAUGGUGCUGUAGAAUAAGCUACAUAAGCUUAUAAGUAAUUCUUUACUUAUUCUAAAUAUUAGAGAAGCAGAUGUACUUGCUAAAUCAAAUUUAUCAACUACAUCUCCAAUUAGAUUGGGAUUACAUCUCAACCAAUCAGUAUUUUAUUAUGAAAUCCUAUAAAAUGCAACUGAAGCUAUAAGAAUAGCCAAUGAAGCUUUUGAAUAAGCUAUUGCUUAAGUAGAUACUGUGAAUGAAGAGAAUUACAAAGAUUGUACUCUAAUCAUGCAAUUGUUAAGAGACAAUCUAACCUUAUGGAAUAAUCCUGAAGAAGAAGCUAAUGAUGAUUAAUGA